AUGGCUCGUGAAGGUUCAUAUUAUGUCUGAAAUUCAAAAUUUUGUAUUUGGUGAAAAUAAGUGUGUGCACCAGCGCACAAAUAGUUGCUCAUUUAGACCGCACCUGCUUCUCGUCUGGGGACAUUGUGCGAAAAAAAAAAUGAACAAGAAAGUUUCGUUUGUUUUUUGCCUCUUUUGCCGUGUGAGAUGCAGGCGUCGUGUAUGUUUAGCUUUUACGUCAGUAGCAAUUUUAAUGUGGAAACGCAAUCUUAGACAUGGAUUCCGGGGACGAAAAAGCUCUGCAUGAAUCCCUAAAGCAAUACGAGCAGCAACUUGAAGCGGUCGAACUCGCUCUAUCGUCCAACACUAGUGCAUCUCAAGCUGCUGACUUAUUGGAAUUAAAACAAAACUUGGAAGAAGUCAUUAGCCUUACGAAAGCGACGCUGCGUGGUGUGGUAGAUGAAGACUCGUCCACACAUCAAGAGCAAGUUCACGAUGACACCGGUAUCGACGAAGAGUUUGCAAGGUUUCAGGCAGAGAUGGCAAGCCUUGGGGCUUCUUCAGAACACCAAGAUCAAGCAGCCACUGCUGUUGAGGACCAUUCUAAGGAGCUUGCGGAACUUGUGGACCACCUAGAAGGCUCUAAAGUACGUGCACCAUUUUCCAAAGACUGGGGACAGAUGUCAUACCACAGUGCCAUUGUUCUCUCCGUCGAUGCUUCAGACAUCACUCAUGUCGAUGACAUUAAAGUCAAUGUUAUGUUCACCCACCCCACUGUGUCAGCCAUGAAGCCAUGUUCAUUCUUCCUUGAAGGUCGCUGCAAGUUUAGCCAGGAACGAUGUCGCUUCUCUCAUGGCCACGCUGUUGCGCUGUCUGAGCUGCGUGAAUAUUCUGAGCCCAGCUUCAGCACUUUCAAACCUGGCUCACCGUGUCUUGUGAAGAGCGACAUAGACGGCCUGUGGCAGCUGGCUGCCUUGGAGUCCAUUGGACAACGGCAAGACGAGGUCAUGGUUUGUCUUUCACACUCUGGGAAAACAGUGUCCAUUGGAGUUGAGGAUGUCUUUCCCUUGGAAGGCAAUAGAGAAGUGGAAAGCUCAGACUCUGAUGGCGAUUCUCAGCCAGCUGCUGAUGCUGUGCCAAUCACUGGUGGCUGCGACGAUGAGCAGGAGGGUGUACCUGUUGUUGCUUGGUCUCCAAGCACCGCAUCUGGUUUGCCUCUAGGAGCUUGGGAGAAGCAUACAAAGGGUAUUGGUUCCAAGCUGAUGGAGAAAAUGGGCUAUGUUUGGGGGCAAGGACUUGGCAUUCGGGGUAAUGGUAGAACUGAGCCAGUUGAGGCUGUUGUGCUACCUGCAGGAAAGUCACUAGACAAGUGCAUGGAGCUGAAGGAACUGGGCAUGACACAGGAUUCAGCCAAAGUGCAAAGAAAGAUGCUGCUUAAAAUGAAGAGAGAGGAAGAGAAGAUUGAAAGGCGUUACCACAAGGCAGCACAACCUGAAUCAGUGUUUGAUUUUUUGAAUGGUCAGAUAUUCUCAAAAAAGGAUUCUAAAAAUGCUGGUGAACAGUACAACAUCCAGAAGGAAGCAAAUAGCAGUCAGGAUCUGAAAUCGGUUUCAAUGAGGGGCCUGGGUAUUGAGGCACUACAAGUCACAGAAGCAAUAAAAAGAGCAGAACGUGAAAUUGUAAGGCUGGGACAUUCUUCUGCCAGGAAUAAAGACAGUUUGAAUUCAAUAAUACUGCCGCAUGCCACAUCCACAUUUCAUGGAAAGACCAUUGCGCAACAGUGCACAAGACUCAUUGCCAUGCGAUUCUCGGCUGCUGAACGCAUUCACUUCAUGCCCGCAUAGUUACAUGUGAGUGGGAAUGGACUCUGAUGUUAACAAAGUUGAAAGCUACUCAUGGAACUAACAGCAUGUGUAUGGUGUUGGCAGUCACCGAUGCAGGGACAAAAGGGGAAAGGCCGAGAACGAAAGGACGUAUGCUGGGCCGCGAGGCACCGGAGCACUAAGCGGCAUGCAAGAGGCGCACAGACUUUUUAGUGUGGUCAAGAAGCAUGCGCGACUAGUUCCAACUAGAAGUUGGUUCUGAAAUCUGACACAACGAUUCACCUGAGUCGUUGCCCACGUAUAAAGAUCGCCCAUUAAACAGCUUAUUGUAAUGGACUUGCAGCUGGGCAUGUUCAUGAGUGAUUCACAGUACAAGUGUGCUGAUGGCAGCACAGUGCGUACCCAACAGGCUAGUUUACUUCUGCAGUGCGUCCAUUCCCAUUUUGAAUAAAAACGCUCAACAAGCACUUCAACGCAUGCAAGGCGCACCGCAGUCUCAUGUCCGGGCAGCACAGGCUUUUAGGGCUAGCAUUGCAAAGACCAUUCUGCAGCGUGAGUGACUUGCAGCGUUUGUGAACAAUUUUAAAUAAGCUUUUGCGCAUUUGACUUGGGGCUUUGGCAAAUCGGUAAGUCCCGCUUUUCACAAUCUCGGGAAACUGGCCGAGACGUGCAGAGAUUUCAGUUUAGCUUCAGGUAGUUACACUUUGUAUUUUGAAUCGUCAAUAUAUUGAACUGUUUCACAAUCCUCUUAGAGUUCAAUAUAUCUGGGAUUGACUGCAUAAUAAAGGUAUUUCUGUGUCAAAUUUGACUUUGUGUUAAUGAGGUUCGACUGUGUUACACUUUGUUAUGAAUAGCAUUUGUUGGAGCAAACAGGAUCUGAAUUGAGAAGUAUUUGAGGAAAGCAUUAGCUGCUUAAUUUACGUUAGAAAAAUAGUAUAGAUCACAUUCUGCUAAGCUUUGAUUCACGUGUUGUAGAGAGUUUAUUAUUUCUUCUCCAAUUUUAUUGCAUCUGUGUGCAAGUUCAUGUGCGCUAGACUGGAGUACAUAUAUUCUUAAGCU